UGAAGUCAGACACCUCGGUAGCUUGUAGACAAAAUAGACGAACCGAUAAAGCUCUUUAGAAGUUUUCGCGUAUAUUAGACACUGUGUUUUAAACCCACUUCUGUCGUCUAGUUAGUUAUCCGAUUAAAUUUCAUAUUUCCGAUGUUAUUGGUCAGCUCAUGGCAAUUUAGAUUGCGGCUCAUUCAUUAGCCUAGAUAGCUAAUAUCCACGACCAUGAGUUCACUUAGCUACUCUCCUGCUAAAGAAGAGGCGGUCUGCUGGACGGAGAAAGAGGGACUGUGGCUGAACGUUGUCGUGAAAGAGGAGAAAGAAGAAGAGGCUGUUACAAUACAAAAACAAGUGGAGGGUGAGGCUGUUACAGUUAAAGAAGAGGAAGACGCAUUCAGAGUGAAAGAGGAGGAUGUUCCAGUAAAAGCAGAGGAGGAAGAGGAUGCAGUUUUUGGAGUGAAAGAGGAGGAGUGGGAGAUGACUGUAACAUCGAAAAAGGAAGAGGAGGGAGAAGAGGAGGAACCUGGAUAUCUGGGCCCGGUUUCCCAAACGCAUCUUAAGGCAUCCAAUGGUAACGAAGAAUUUAGCCAUAAAAUGGUUUUGGGAAACCGUGCCCUGAUUAACACUAGAGAGAGACAUGACGAUCGUGGAUCCUCUGGGGAGCCUCAACAACAUCAUGAAGCUGAAGAGGAGAGUUUUUCCGCAUCAGAACAUCUCAAGAAACAGAAGCGGAAACGCACAGGGAAGAAACCUCAACGCUGCUCUGACUGUGGGAAGAGAUUCACCUCUUCAGCAGACCUCAAAAGACAUCAGAGAAUCCAUACAGGAGAGAAACCUUAUAGCUGUGAUCAAUGUGGGAAGAGAUUUACUGAUCUAAGCAGCCUGAAAAGACACCAGAGAAUUCACACAGGAGAGAAACCUUAUAGCUGCACUGACUGUGGGAAGAGUUUUAAUGUUCCAAGCAGCCUGAAAACGCACCAAAGAAUUCACACGGGAGAGAAACCUUAUAGCUGUGAUCAAUGUGGGAAGAGUUUUGUUUCAUCUAGCCAGCUGACUGUACACCAGAGAACACACACAGGAGAGAAAUGUUAUAGCUGUGAUCAAUGUGGGAAGAGUUUUGUUUCAUCUAGCCAGCUGACUGCACACCAGAGAACACACACAGGAGAGAAAUCGUAUAGCUGUGAUCAAUGUGGGAAGAGAUACUCUGGUAAAAGGUCUCUGAUUAGACAUCAGAAAAUACAUGAAGGAGUUGUUCUAACAUCUCUGACCAUGAGUUCACUAAGCUACUCUCCUCCUGUUAAAGAAGAGGUCUGCUGGACGGAGAAAGAGGAUCUUGUGAAAGAGGAGGAGGAAGAGGAGGAUGUUACAAUACAAAAACAAGUAGAGGGUGAGACUGUUACCGUGAAAGAAGAAGAGAAAGACGUUUCCGUUAAAGAAGAGGAAGACGCGUUCAGAGUGAAAGAGGAAGUUGCAGUAAAAGAAGAGGAGGAAGAGAAAGAGGAGGAUGCCGUGUUUGGAGUGAAGGAAGGAGAGAUGACUGUCACACAGAAAAAGGAGGAAGAAGAGGAGGAAACUGCAUAUCUGGGCCCGGUUUCCCUAACGCAUCUUAUUAAGGUGUCCGAUGGUUGUAAUGAUGAACUUAGCUGUAAAAUGGUUUUGAGAAACCGUUCCUCGAUUUACACUAAAGAGAGACAAGACUACCGUGGGUCCUCUGGGGAGCCCCAAUUACAUCAUGAAGCUGACGAGGCAGAGACGAGUCUCUCCACUUCAGAACAUCUCAAAUUCCAGCAGAGACCCACAGGAAUGAAACCUCACCACUGCUCUGUCUGCGGGAAUAGUUACGCAAGAUCAGAUUCACUAAAAGCACACCAGAGAAUUCACACUGGAGAGAAACCUUACAGCUGUUCUCAAUGUGGGAAGAGUUUUACUACAUCUAGCCGCCUGACUAUACACCAGAGAACACACACAGGAGAGAAACCUUUCCACUGCUCUGACUGUGGGAAGAGUUACUCAAGAUCAGAGUCACUAAAAGCACACCAGAGAAUUCACACUGGAGAGAAACCUUAUAGCUGUUAUCAAUGUGGGAAGGGUUUUACUACAUUGUGCAAGCUGACUAUACACCAGAGAACACACAUGGGAGAGAAAUCUUUCCACUGCACAGACUGUGGGAAGCGUUUUCUGAUAUCAGGACAUUUAAAAUCACACCAGAGAAUACACACAGGAGAGAAGCCUUAUAGCUGUGAUCAAUGUGGGAAGAAUUUUAGUCACUUAAGCAGCCUGAUAGUUCACCAGAGAACACACACAGGAGAGAAACCUUAUAGCUGUGAUCAAUGUGGGAAGAGUUUUACUCAGUCUAGUCAGCUGACUAGGCACCAGAGAACACACACAGGAGAGAAAUAUUUUAGCUGUGAUCAAUGUGGGAAGACUUUUACUGAGCCUGGUAACUUGACUAAGCAUCAGAGAACACACACAGGAGAUAAACCAUAUAGCUGUGAUCAAUGUGGGAAGAGAUUUACUGAGUCUGGUAACUUGACUAAGCACCAGAGAAGACACACAGGAGAGAAGUCACAUAGUUGUGAUCAAUGUGACAAGAGAUACUCUGAUAAUCGAUCUCUUAUUAAACAUCAGAAAAUACAUGAAGGAGUUGUUUCAUGAUAUCAAUGAAAUAAUGUUACAAUGUAGAAUGUUUUAACAUUGUAGUAGGAGUAUUUUAAUGAUGUCACAAUGUAGAAUGUUUUAACAUUGUAGUAGGAGUAUUUUAAUGAUGUCACAAUGUAGAAUGUUUUAACAUUGUAGUAGGAGUAUUUUAAUGAUGUUUUAACAUUGUAGUAGGAGUAUUUUAAUGAUGUUUUAACAUUGUAGUAGGAGUAUUUUAAUGAUGUUUUAACACUGUAGUAGGAGUAUCUUAAUGAUGUCACAGUGUAGAACCCUAAACGUUUGUCCCCUGUUCUAUUGAUUUCAGCAUGAUAUGGAUAUUAGCCUCAUCAGGGGAAAAAUCCAGGUUCUGAAUUGAAAGAGUACUAUUUAUUUGAUUAACAAAAAAAGGAGUUGUUACCACAUUGGCAUUGCACUAUUUUUGCUUUAUUAAUCCUCUUAUGUUUUGUUGUGUAGUAAAUAUUUCCGUUUUUA